AGUUAAGACAAAUGAAUUAAGUAUGUAGCAAAUGAGAAGAGAUUCUAUGCAUAAAGAGAUCAUACAUUGACAUAUAUAUUCCCUCUCCCUUCACCAACUAAGGCCCCAAGUCCCCUUAACUGACCUGUCAGAGGUGUUACCAAGUGGGUCACAAUGCAAGGUCAUGCAAGAAUGAAGCUAUGGAUAGGGAAGAGGCAUAUAUGAGACCAAGAGGAAGGCCAAAGAAGCAUCCUCACACUUGUAGUGAGAGACCUACUACGAGUAGAAAUUGUCGAACAACGAAGAUCAUUCCUAUGUCGACAGCUAAUGCCAAUACAGCUCCAACUCCUACUUCCGCUGCAUCCACUAGUCCAAGCUCCACCUUGCACUCAAUGACUCAUGAGAGAGGGGACUUGGGGCCUUUGUUGCUGAAGGGACAGGGAAUAUAUAUGUCAAUAUAUCAACAAGAAGUGUUCGAGCAACUUUCAUACCACCUCGUCUCAACACAAGGUCUCAGAGAACAGAAAGCAUAGCAUCUGGUGUAGGGUCUUCCAACACAACAUUUGCUCCAACACGAGAAACUGAGGGAACUUAAGCAAUGUAACUUUGAUGUGUAUUUUAUUCAUGGAACCAAACUUUGAUGUUUUUUGCUCCAAUCUUAUAUGUAACAAUACACUUGACCUA